AUGAAGCCCUCGACCACACUUCCAGCCCUCGCGCUGUUUUUCACUACAUCACUUGCUCAAACAUGGUCGGACUGCAACCCAUUAAACACGACAUGCGCUCCCAACACUGCCCUUGGUGUUUCAAAUUACUCCAUGGAUUUCACUCGGUAUAUGAUGGCGGAUAACGUAUGGAAUUGGACAGCAGGGAAGUCGUCCUAUGGCACAACUGGACUCGAUUUCGUCAUCAAUCAGAGAGGAGAUGCACCAACAGUAAGGUCGAAGUUUUACAUUUUCUACGGCACUGUCGAGUGCAUAUUCAAAGCCGCAACGGGUCAGGGUGUCGUCAGCUCAAUCGUUAUUCAGUCCGAUACUCUAGAUGAGAUCGAUUGGGAGUGGAUCGGAGGCAACACUACUCAUGUUCAAUCCAACUAUUUCGGCAAGGGCAAUACCACUUCAUACGACCGAGCUAUCUGGCAUCCUGUUGACAGCCCUCAAACCUCUUUUCAUAACUACACUACUGAUUGGUCGCAAGACAAGAUCGACUUCUACAUUGACGGCAAUAUUGUCCGGACAUUGAAAUACGAAGACGCAAAUGGCGGCCAAAAUUUCCCUCAAACACCCUCUGAUGUUCGCCUUGGUAUCUGGGCUGGAGGUGACAAGAACAAUAAUAACUAUACCAUUGAAUGGGCUGGCGGCGAGGUCGACUAUGAUGCUGGCCCUUACACUAUGACAUAUGGCGACCACUCUGGCAGUUUCCAGAGCAUCAAGCUACUCAAUGAGACUAAGCCUGUCAACCUCGAUGGCGAUAAUGGACAAACGAUAGGACAAAAGUGGUCAGGUCUCAGCCAGAACGCCAAGAUAGCUAUCGCAGCAGCUGUUGGUGGCUCAUUCCUCAUUGCCUUGUGCGUCCUUGCCUUCUGCUGCAUCAGACAGCGAAGAGUGGGAAAGCACGAAAAGCUUCUCGAAGAUGCCAAGUAUGAGAAAGACAGAUCUGAACUAUUGGCUUUCCGUGCCGAGAUGGGCAGACAGCGGAGCGAGAAAUAUGCUCAGAUGCAGAGUACACCAGUUCCUGGCAGGAUAAUGCCGUCAAACACAUUCAGCAUGAAUAACAUGAACUCUGAAUAUCGAGGAUAUACCAGACACUAG